UGAUAAUCAAGUAUAAAAAGCACCAGUUCGAAGUAGGAAAUCAUUAGUUCAAUUGCUUGUUCUGAACAACUAUCGCAAUGAAAUCUUACGCUUUGAUUGUCCUCCUUUUCGCUCCAGGCUUGCUCUGCAACGUCAUCAAAUCCAGAGAUGUCUUCUCCUCUGUGACCAGAGAGGAAGGAGUCCAAAUCCCACAGAUCCUUCCAGGAGUGAUCAACAUUCGUCCAGAAACCAAACCAGCCGAAAUCGAAACUCCAGAGACCUCCGUCUUACCAGGUGUUCUUCCCGUUAUUCCAGAAACCAGACCAAUCAUCGUCCCAGAAACUAAACCAGUGCCUAUUGAAGACAUCGUAGUUCCGGAAACCAAACCAAUCAUCAUCCCAGAAACUAAACCAGUGCCUAUUGAAGACAUCGUAGUUCCAGGAACCAAACCAAUCAUCACUCCAGAAACCAAACCAUUGCCAGCUGUAGAUGAUGCAUUUGCCCAGAUUGUUUCCGUCACCGAUGACGAUGUUUGCUUCGAUCUUGCUUUCGUCAACGAGUUGAUCUCUUUGGUCUACUACAAGACCGUUGAAAGCAACAUCUUGACCGUUUAAACGCUUAAUAUUUUAAUUCUCUUCAAUUGUUAAUUUGUAUAAAUAAAAAGCAUGUGAACAUA